CAAGUGAACUCUAGAGCUCUCCCUUAAAUUCUCAAGUGUUGUAAUUAAUUUCAUUGAAGAAGGAAGGCAAAAUGAGAGAGGGAGAUGCUUUGCCUGAACAACAGAUUAUUGAGUUUCAGCAAGUAUUUUGCCUACUUGACAAGGAUGGAGAUGGUUGUAUUACUAUCAAAGAACUAGUGGCUGCGAUUAGAUCAUUAGAUCAAAAUCCUAUAGAAGAAGAACUUCAUAACAUGAUCAAUGAAGUUGAUAUGAAUGGUAAUAGAACUAUAGAGCUUGGGGAGUUCUUGAAUCUCAUGGCAAGAAAAAUGAAGGAAUGUGAAGCGGAAGAGGAAUUGAGAGAAGCCUUCAAAGUAUUUGACAAGGAUCAAGAUGGUUACAUAUCUCCAAAUGAGUUGACGCAUGUAAUGAUGAACCUGGGGGAGAAACUGACAGAUGAAGAGGUAGAACAAAUGGUUAGGGAGGCUGAUCUUGAAGGUGAUGGUCAAGUUAACUACGAGGAAUUCGUCAGAAUGAUGAUGUUGGGUUUUUAA